AUGGCGGACGACGACUCCCACCCUCCUCUACCAACUCCGAACGCAGCCCUCGGCUCACCGACAUCACACUUCUACCCCUUCGCAACCUCACCAGACAUCAUCCGGUCGCAUGAAAAGGAUGUCUACCUCACAGGAACCCUAAUUCAACAAUCCCAAGGCAUCGUCCGGGCUCUCCGUGGCGCCCGAUUCGCCCACACCCACUCCGACGCCAUCAAGCAUCUGACCGAGCUCCUCUACUUCACCCUGACAACAGCCAUUGGCAACCGCACCCUGGGCGAGGAAUACUGCGACCUCGUCCAGCUAGAAGAUGACACCCUCCAAUUACCUUCCAUAGGCCGUCGCGUGGGCUACAUCCUAAGUAGCAUCCUGGUCCCAUGGGCUCUGCAGCGGAUCUUGCCCGCACUGCGCCACAAGAUCCGCAGCAAGCUGGAGCGAAUUAUUGCCAAAGAAAAGAUGCGAGCUGCACAGCAGGCUAAUCUGCUCGAGAAGCCGCAGUUCUCAACGACGCCACGUCCGUUCUUCACUAAACUGCGCAUCCAGCAGUAUCUCCUUGAACACCUGGACUCUAUUACUUCCUUGUCACCUAUCUAUGCGCUGAGCAUUGCGACCUUCUAUUUCACGGGCUCAUACUAUCAUCUCGCCAAGCGGAUCUGGCGAUUGCGAUAUGUUUUCACGAAGAAGAUUGAAGACAAUGAGCAGCGCAUCGGGUACGAGGUUCUCGGUGUGUUGCUUGUUCUCCAGAUUGCCGUGCAAAGUUUCCUGCACAUUCGUAAAAUGAGCGCGAAUGAAGAUGAAGACCCGUCUGGAACUGGUGAAUCUUCGCAUGGUGGUGCCCUUCUUUCCUCGAUCCAAAAUCCGUCUGCGAUUCCCCUUCUGCCUGCUUCUGUUCCUUUAUAUGAUCUUGAGGAAGAUCCUAGUGCUGUCUCGUGGAUCCCCGAGGGUCAACAGCGAAAGUGCACGUUGUGUCUGGAAUCGUUCAAGGACCCUAGUCUGACUACUUGUGGACAUGUCUUUUGCUGGAUUUGUGUUCGGGAUUGGGUGGGUGAGAAGCCCGAGUGUCCGCUCUGUCGACAAGAGGUCUUGCUCUCGAAGGUGCUUCCUCUGCGGGGGUAA